AUGUCUGCUACCUGCCAUGCGUGUGAUAAAUCAAUCCAAAGCAAAGACGCUAUUGUUUGCUCAGUAUGUGGCGAGCCAGCACAUGGAACUUGCGGCCGUCUCCAAUCCAGUGCGGACGGCAAAUCACGUACCUGGACUUGCGAUAUCUGCAUACUGCGUAUGAAUUCAUCCGCUACACAACUCAGUGAUAUGACACCCUUGAAUACAUCUCACUUCGAUGCUAUCAUGAAACAGCUCUCUGUUGUAACGAAUGCAGUUACAUGCUGCAACAAUAAGAUCGAAGAACUGAGCAACAUACUCGUGACUCAUACAUCAGAAAUUUCUGACUUGCGCACACAAAAUGAUGAUCUGUUAGGAAAAGUAUCCAUUCUUGAACAGAAAUUCAGCACAUUGAACCGUCCCUUCUCUUCAGAAAAAUUGUACGCAGAGGCUGCUGAUCGAAUCAAACGUGAAAAAAACGUUAUUGUAUCAGGUCUACCCGAAGGUACUACAAACAACUCAGAUAUCUCACAAGUGAAGCACUUUCUCAACAGCUUUGUGCCUGAUGUAACAAGCUCAGUGAACUCUGUUUUUCGUCUGUGGAAGAACACGGGUGACCCUCAAAAACCCAGAUUAAUCAAAAUUAUCUUACAAUCUGCAGAAGCUGCUUCAAUCAUCCUCAAAAACAAAACGAAUUUUGUAAGAUCCAAGCAGCUGAUAAAAAAAGCGAUUCUGGACAACGACUUCCUGAAGAACAUGGACACGUUCCAGGAGUGCGAGAUGGUGAACUGCAUGUAUUCCACGAAAUCCAAGAAGCUGAUAAAACAAGCGAUCUUGGACAACGACUUCCUGAAGAACAUGGACACAUUUCAGAUGCGCGAGAUAGUGGACUGUAUAUCCAAGCAGCUGAUAAAACAAGCGAUCCUGGACAACGACUUCCUGAAGAACAUGGACACGUGCCAGGUGCGCGAGAUGGUCGAUUGCAUGCACCCUAAGGAGUUCUCGGCAGGAUCGCUGGUCAUCACCGAGGGGGAAGCGGGGGGAGCUCUGUUCGUGUCCGCCAGGGGGGAACUGGAGGUCAUCAAGGACGGGAAGGUGCUGGGGCACAUGGGGCCUGGGAAAGCGUUCGGGGAGCUUGCCAUCUUUAGUCGCGGUGGAGAAGGGUCUUCAUCUUACUCUCAGUCUCAGUCCGAUCCUACCUCGGAAGAUGCGGACAUAACCAUUGCUGUUGAAGACGGAGAUAGAGGUCGAGCUGAAGAAAUGUCGGAAACGACGGAAACUGUGGAGUUUGUUGCGACUGCGUCUGUACAAGAAAAUAGUGUCGAAGACCACCAAGACGAUUGUGCUAUUGACCUUCAAAAAAUGUUUGAUCUUGCAAAGUGGCCAAAUAUCAUUAGCGAUAAUUUGAAAAUAUCAAUCGUGAAGAAAGGUCCUUGUCAAGUUAGGAAUGUAAUUUUUCCUGAAGACCACGGGAAGGCCUUUUCAGAGAAUUAUUACGUCAAGAGAUUGCAUAACGGUGGAGUCUGUACUGAAUAA